AUGGCGGCUGCGGGGGCUCACCCGCGGGUGGCGGCUGGGCCGCAGGAGUGGGACUUCGUUCUCGUGGAGUACACGGGGCUCCCCAGCGUGCCGCACGAACGCCUUAUCAUCCUGAUUCCAGAUGGCGGGGACCAGGUGUGCACGCUGACCCCGGAUGACGACAGUUACGAGGAGGAUCUCUGCGCGGUCGCGGAGGUGCAGCGUUGGCUGCCCAGGGCCGCGGGCCGCAUGGGCGCGUACUCGACGGCGGCCGCGGGCGUGUGCGUGCACGGUUUCAGGGGCGUUCCCGCGCCGAUGCGUUCGCGCAAGUGCUGA